AUGCCGGUUCAUCGUCCAUCACGACCAAUGGCUACAACAUCAAAUUCUCGAAAAUCAAUUGGAUUUUCAAUAAAUGAUAUUAUUAAAAAUGAUGAUACAUCGAAAAAUUCUCCUCGACAUAAUCCUCCAACAAUUCCAUCUUAUUUACCUCCAACAUCAUGGAUACCACCACCAACUAAUUUAGAUCCUAUUGUUCAAUAUCAACUGCAAUAUCUUCGAAAUAGUGGUCGAUUAUUUGAUGGAAGAUUUACUAGUCCAGAAGCAGCUGCAGCACUUAUACUUCAUUCAUUUCGUAAACCAAAACGUGUACGUACAGCAUUUACACCAGCUCAAUUACUUAAACUUGAAAAUGCAUUUGAAAAAAAUCAUUAUGUUGUUGGACAAGAACGUAAAGAAUUAGCACGACAUUUAAAUUUAACUGAAACUCAAGUUAAAGUAUGGUAUCAAAAUCGUCGUACUAAACAUAAACGUUUAAAAUCAGAAGAUGGAAAUAAUAGUUCAAAUGAUAUAAAUGAUGAUGAACAACAAGAUGAAUCAAUUGAACAUGAACAUAAUCAACAAAAUCAAUCGGAUACAUCUGAUAUAACUAAUAAAAAUGAUGAUGAACAUUCAUGGGAUAAUAAUAAUCAACAUUAUCAAUUUAUUUCUCAAUCAUCUACACCACGUUCAUCGGGUUCCGAUCGAUAUUAUUUACAUCUUGCUGCUGCAGCUGCUGCUGUUGCUGUAAAAAAUGAUUCAUCAGAUGAUCAUCGAUAA